AUGCUCCUCUCAGCGCUUUUCGUCCUGCUGGCUCUCACUGAGGUCGCCAAUGCGGCUAUGGAGGUGCCGGGGGCCGGUGCUUCGCUAGGGCAGUGAACCUCCGCCACAUCAAUCGAUUUCGGCACCACUGCCACACCAUGCGUGUUGAAAAACAGCACGACAGUAUGGAUGCCGGCUCCACCGCUGUGGGUAUGGACGCUCGACGACUGUCAGAAUCAACCGCACCCCGAGUUUCUCAGCAGCUGGCCCAAUCAGUCAUCACUGACGCUUUGGUCGAGUAGAAGCGCUGCCACUUCCUACGCUUCACGUAGCACCUCAUCUGAUCUCGUGUACCGCGCCGUCUGGUCGACUGGUGCGUUGCACGUGAAGGCGGUGACUAGGGGGGGGGGCAACGUCGGGGACGCCGAGCUCGAGGUGGUCAGCGCUAUCGCGGCCGACCUGCUAGACAUUGGUGAGCUUGACAUUGUCGUGCAGGCCAGUAAUGGAUCCAUCUGGCCGCUGCUCUUCCGUCACCCCCGCGUCGUCAUCAUCCUCGUCCACCUCGCCCUUUCGGUCCAUUUCUAUCAUCAACGUUGGCGCAGCUGCCUCCCCUGUCGCUCCCUCCACCCAAUCAAGACGGCGCCUGCUGUGUCGCUGGAGUUCAAGAUGCCCAAUGCUCCCCAACUUACUGUGGUGCCGGAUGUUCUAUGCACCCUGGCGAACCCGCAUGUGGCACAGGCUGCGCUGGCCUUCGUGAAUACGCAGGAUCAGCUUGUCCUUCUUUUUCGCAUCGUGGGUAUGCCCGUACCGUCAACACUGCAGUGGUCUCCAGGUUACGCGACGCGUGUGCUUGUGGACGAGCACAGCAGCACCACGCAUCGGUCUGUAUUGCCCUUCUCUAUUCUGCUGGCGGACGUGAACGAAGACUGCGCAGCGGAGCUGCUGCUCGCGGUGCGCGACACGCAGAGGCAGCGGUGCGAAGUGCGCAUGUUCAGUCAGAGCGGAAUGACAGCACCGGCCGCAACGUCGCCUUCUUCAGUAUUUGUCUCAUCAUUGCUGCUGCAGCAGCUAGCCGAGGAUGCCGGAGAGCGCUACGGCGAGACCUUUACGUUUGCCGACAUGAGUGGCGACGGCCUGCCGGAGCUGCUGCUCUCUGUUCAGCUUGCCAACAGUACCGCAUGCUUCUCCGCAGCAGAUACGACGGAUGUCACGGAGACUUGCACUCCGUACCAUGCUAUCCGCGUCUUCUACCCAAUCCGCGCUUUGGGUGUUGGUGGUGGACCGUCAUGCGGGCCGCCUGAAUCGAGCGACGAGCGACACCUCACGUACACGGUCACCCAGAGGGAGCUGUUUGUGUUGAAAGGAGGAGUGGUGUGGAGUGGCACAGUGGAGUGCAACCAGCCAACCGUAAGCGAGAGGCUUCCCCUGUACAUGCCGAGUUACCCAUCAGCACCGCUAGUGCUCCAACCAGGCAACUACAACCGCGAUCGUAGAUCUAGUCAUCCCCAGCUCCUUCAGGUCUCUUGUGCUGACCUCGCGCACUGCCAGCGGCGCUCGGGCGAUGGUGUGCACACCCCUUGACGCGAGUGUUGGAAGUUCAGCAGUGGAGCAGGCCAUAACGACCGCCCAAAACCCACCAGCGCCUCUGCGGCCUCCCGAGAAGCCUACCGCGCAGCCACACCGUUGUUUGCCGCGCUGACCCAGCCUGGACGGCUGGAGGUGAUUCUGACACACCAUAGGUGGUACUCGAGCGCCGACACGGCGAGAACAGCUGCGAUGACGGCCGCUGAUAUUGACCACAGCGUGAUGCAGGUCUACCAAAACGAGGCGGUGUCGAGUCGAUCCUACUUUCCCUCGGCGUCGGCUAUCGCGGCGGCUGCGCAUGGUGCCGCAUUCGUCGGAACAACGCAUCACAUGAGAUGGCAAGACAUUCACAUGCAUUCGCACUGGGCCCCUGUGGCACAGAUCGACAGAACACAAAGCCCCGCGUUGCUCCCCUCGCAAAUGCUGGUCGGUCUUGACGAGACCUUCUCCUACGUGCAUGAGUACACCGUCGGACUUCGGGUGACACGGUGCACCAGCUGCACGGUGAAUGUAAUGCAGGCAAACAGGUUGAGUGCGACGGAGCUUAUGCAAUUGAUGCAGCGCAAGGAGUGA